AAACCGGUGCCAACUAUAGUAAUUAGCACCGGUUUGAACCGGUGCCAUUUAAAAAAAAACCCGGUUUAAGGCGCGUCUUUUUCUUCAUUUCCUUGCUCUUUCCUCUUCGUUCUCAUCUGAUCUGCCUCUCUCUCUCCUCCAUUGUAGCGUACUCGAAUUUCUCCAUCGAAGGGGGCUUAUGAGCUUUCCUAACACUCCGUCUCUCUCCUUCGAUCUCCUUCUCCAUUAAAGGCCUCCAUUCCUAUUUCCUAAGUCUCUGAGUUAUUUCAUUGAAGCGCACUCAAUGUUCUCCAUUGAAGCGUUCUCCGUUGAAUCUAAUUCUUGUAUCCCCAUUGAAGCAGCUUCUAAGGUACUGUGAAUGCUUUGCCUCUGGGAUUUAUUGUGAUGGAUGCAACUGCAUAAAUUGUCACAAUAAUGUGGAUCAUGAGCCUGCAAGGCAAGAAGCAAUUGGAGCAACCCUGGAGCGCAAUCCUAAUGCAUUCAGACCUAAGAUUGCAAGUAGUCCGCAUGGAUCCCGAAUGAAUAAGGAUCAAGAUAGAGGAGAAGUCAAGAACUCUUCAUUGGCAUGUAUAAUAAUCAGCCUUUUUAUCGUAAUGCACAUUAUACGCAGGGAAAUCAUGUGAAAUCUGUCCCUCCAACUCUUCCAUCCGAACCACCUACUACUCGUGGGACCAGUUCCCAAGCUGCUUCAAAAAUCACAUAUAGGUCUCCGCUAGUUGGUGUCAUUCAACCGCAGGACGUGAAAGAACUUUGUUCUCUUUUGGUUAUAGUCUCAAAGGAGGCAGCAAAGUCUUUUGCAGGUUGGUUCUGCUGACCAUCAUAUUCAUUACUAUGAUCUGAGGAAUAUAAGCCAGCCCCUUCAUGUGUUUGGUGGGCAUAAGAAAGCACCCUAUGAACAAUUUCUUGGUUGGGCCAUUGUUAAGGUUGCUGAGCCUCUUGAUCAUGUUGUUGUUCUUCAUGUUUGCAGAAACUCAGAUGACGCAGCAAAGGAGAAGAAACAAGCUGGAUGAUUAUCUAGAUAUUUUCAAGAAUUUAUGUGAUAUCAAGAAGGUACAGAUAAGUGGGAAGAUAUUGACAGGAAAAUCAAUAAGAAAAAGUCUAGUAAGUGAAGCAAAAGGGUGUGCUGCUGCUGCUGUAAUUGUUGGAAUAACAAAACCUGGUUCUAUUGGGGGUAGGAUGUCAACUGCAAAAUAUUGUGCAAAACAAUUGCCUUUAAGCACUGAAAUCUUCACUGUUCAUAAUGGCAAAGUUUUAUUUCAAAGACUCUCCAAUGAUGAUCAUAUAGUACAAGGACUUGAAGAAGAUCCGAGGUCGAGCUUCCAUAAAGCCGGAAAAUCGAAUGGAAAUCAGUCUGAGUUUGGAGAUUCAGAAGUAUCAGAAGUGGAUUCUAAUAGCUCAAAACUGAACUGUCAGAACUCGGAAUCUGAAUCAACAACAGAUAUCAGUUGUGAAGAGCUUGCAGAAGUUUAAACCCCUAAAAAUGCUUGUAUUGACAGUAAAAAAUCUCUUCAUAUGAAUGUCCAGUUAAUCUUCUUCAUAUGGUGCUUUCUUUAUCGUAUCUCUGUCUCUUUACAAUUCUGGUCUUUUGACUUUGAUUCUCAUAGAAAGGUAAAAAGCUGUCUUUUUAACCAUAUGUCAGUGGUAUAAAAAUGUGGGUUAUUGGUGUUUA